CAAAAUCAAGACUAAAUCUCGGCCGUUUGAUGAAUAUAUGGAGAACUAGGAUUGAAGGACACAAAUUAAGUAUGUGGAUAACACACAUUUGGUGUAUAUAUUGAGAGGUAUCUUAAAUCUUGUCUUCCUUCACUCAUUACAAUCAAGCCUAAUGGAUAGAUCUUCCCAUCUCUGCCUCCUUAUAGCAUCAUUCUUACUACUUCAAUGGUUGAUUGUUUAUAGCUCAGCCAAAUCAGAUAUCAACCCUGAUCGUUCUUCACUUAUUGCCUUCAAAUCUCGAAUAUCUUUAGAUCCCCAUUAUAUAUUGUCUCAAAAUUGGAGCUCCGGAAGCAAUAUCUGUAGUUGGAUGGGAGUUACAUGUGAUUCUCGCUAUCACAGGGUGACGCAGUUGAAUAUAUCGUCCAUGGGUCUCGUAGGAACCAUCCCACCUGAAAUCGGGAAUCUUUCUUUUCUCGUUUCGUUAGACUUGAGCGAGAACUCUUUUCGUGGUCCUAUUCCUUCAUCUAUUUUCAACAUGUCAAGUUUAGAAGUAUUGAAAUUGAGGAAUAAUAGUUUGUCAAGUAGCCUACCAAUUGAUAUGUGCAAACAAAAUCUGCAUGGACUCAAGAGACUUCAUAUUUCUUACAACAAGUUGUUUGGGGAAAUACCAUCAAGUUUGGAGCGUUGUUCACAGCUUGAGUAUGUUUCUUUGGUCAGCAAUAAUUUUAGUGGACACGUGUCACCUCAAAUUGGGAACUUGACAUUGCUUCAAGUGUUAUACUUGGGUUCCAACAAUUUAAGGGGUAAUAUUCCAAGGGAAAUUGCGAACUUGACAUUGCUUCAAUUGUUGGACCUUAGUACCAACAAGUUGAGUGGUAAUAUUCCAAAAGAGAUUGGUUAUCUUACAAAGUUACAAGGUUUGGGCAUGAGUUUCAAUGAGUUUUCAGGCCCUAUACCUGCAACUAUUUAUGGCAUGACUUCCUUGGUGUAUUUUGACUUUGCAUGGAAUGAUUUGAGUGGAUCAUUAUCAAGAGAUAUUGGAAACAUGACAUCCCUUCGCAGAAUAGGCCUUGAAGAAAAUAAUCUAAUUGGUGAAAUUCCAAAAGAGAUCGGUCGUCUUAUUAACUUCGAACGAUUGAGCAUGUGUUGCAACAAUAUUAGUGGUUCAGUGCCAAGAGAACUUGGGAACUUGACAGCCAUGUUUGGUGUAUACCUUCACAAUAAUGCUUUAAGUGGUCCAAUACCAAAAGAGUUUGGUCGUCUUGGUAAUUUAUGGGAGCUCCAAUUGAAUCAAAAUUUUCUAAUCAGUGGAUCCAUACCAAAGGAAAUUGGGAACAUGACAUCCCUUUCUUAUUUAUUUCUUUAUAGUAAUAAAUUAAAUGGUGAAAUUCCAAAAGAAAUAUUUCGUAUCAAAACUUUACUGGAAUUGAACAUCGGAAGCAAUCAACUUCGUGGAUCACUACCGAGAGAAAUUGGUAACACAACCAUUCAAAAAUUGUGGAUUAACAACAAUAAUCUAAGCGGUCCAAUACCAUCCACCUUUGUGAAUCAAUCAGAGCUGAUUAAUUUCGCACUACAUAGUAACAACUUCAGUGGAAAGAUUCCACCAUCCAUUUGCAACUUGGGAACCCUCCAAACCCUCUUUCUAUCAAACAAUAAUUUGGAAGGAGAAGUCCCAAAUUGUCUUGGAAACAUGAGCACAUCUCUGUUAAUCCUUUAUUUGAAUGCAAAUAAACUUAGUGGUCUCAUCCCAUCAACAUUUACAUUGGGUUGCAGUCUUCGGUCAAUUAAUCUGAAUGGAAACAGAUUGAAUGGAACACUGCCCCAAACCUUAGUUAAUUGCCAUGGUCUGUGGGGCGUCGACAUUGGUGAUAAUGAAAUACGAGGUCCGUUUCCCUUCUGGAUGGAAACACUCCCUGAACUUCGCAUCCUCGUGUUGAGAAAAAAUAGGUUCAAUGGUACAAUGUUGGAGGCUGCAAGCAGUACUGAGCAACCGUUUCCAAAGUUGCAAGUCUUGGAUGUAUCACAAAAUGCAUUUGUUGGCGCGCUACCUGAUAGAUAUUUCAAGAAAUUUCAAGGUAUGAUAGAUGCCAAUGAAAAGCAUACCGAUGAAGAAAAUGUCUUUCUAAGAUAUAUAGAGUUGACACUCACUUUGAAAGGAAUGGAUCUGUUAUUGCAGCGACUAUUGGAUACCUUUACAACUAUUGACUUAUCCUCCAACAAAUUCUCUGGGAGCAUUCCACCUUCUAUAGGGGAUCUUAAGUCUCUAAGAUACUUGAAUCUGUCUUACAAUACCCUCACAGGACAUAUACCGCCAUCUCUAGGACGUAUGAGUUGGCUCGAGUCGUUGGACUUGUCUUCAAACAAUCUAGAUGGAAAAAUUCCGAAUGCAUUGGUAAGGUUGACAUUUCUUUCAAAGAUAAACCUUUCGAUGAAUAAUCUUGAGGGAAAAAUACCACUGUCUGCUCAACUUUCCACAUUUGGUAAUGAAUCAUAUGUGGGAAAUGAACGAUUGUGUGGAUUUCCAUUGACAAAACUAUGUCUUGAAAAAUCAAUGAUUCCUCAAGAAGAUGAUGAUGGUGAGUCUGGAUUUCUUGAUGAAUUUGUAGAUGGAUUUGGUUGGAGAAGUGUGGUGGUAGGGUAUGCAUAUGGAUUUGUAAUUGGAAUUGGAUGUGGUUACAUGAUUAUAAGAUAUGGAAGGCCAAGAUGGUUAGUCGAAUUCUUGUUCGGUGUUGGAUAUAAUCGAAGAGACGAAAUGGAGGAAGAACAACACCAACAAGAAGGAGAUUCUGGACGAAUAUUUUGGUUUACUUGAGCUUGAUUUAGAACUCUCGCAUGUUGAAAGCAAUUAAUGUAUGGUGAUUUUCUAUGUUCAAGUUGUAAUAAAAAUUCACACGCUAAGACAGACCUUAUUGCAGUUUGCAUGAUUUUUUUUGUAUUUUUUUCAAAUUUUCCUAA